AUGUCCAUGCCUUCACGAGAGCGCUCGCCCGUGCGCUCUCCUCAUGGCCCGGCGCGAUCUGCCUUGCGUCCAUCCAUCCCCCCCGUGAAGACACGCGAAGCCCAUCUCCAGCUCGCGGUCGCCCCAAGAGCCGAUCGCGAUCUUCUUCCCGAGGCCGAUCACCAUCUCGUAGUCGCAGCCGUGGCGGGCGACGCUACCGUAGCCGGAAUCGUGGUGGAGAAAUUGACCAAAAAUGUCACGGAGAAUCACAUCCGCGAGGUAUUCGGAAGCUUUGGCGACAUCGAGUACCUGGACCUUCCCAUGAAUCGAUCCUUCAUGACCAACCGGGGAACCGCCUACAUCUUGUAUUACGACCCCGCGGAUGCUGAAGCUGCUAUCGCUCAUAUGCACGAAGCCCAACUAGACGGGGCCAUUUUGAACGUUUCAAUUGCAAUGGCAGUCGCCCCAGAUUUGGCAAGGGAUCCUAUGCGAAAUCACCCCCGCGAAGGCAUGGUCGGGCGCGGCCUACCGAGCGACAUGAUGUUUACCGACCUCCUUCUCUCUCUCGAUCUCGAUCACCUGUGCGCUCGCGGACCUAUUCUCGCUCGCGGUCCCCACCAAGAAGAGGCAGCCUCCGCACCGAGAGCCCACGGCAGCGCCGCCGACGGAGUCCCAGCUAUAGUAGCUACGGAUACAGCAGCCGGAGCGGUAGUCGGAGCCCGAAAAGAAGCCGGAGUCGCAAUCGUCAUUAGUCUCUUCAGCAAAAUCACAUCAUUGCAAUCGCAAUCGCAAUCGCUCCUCUUCCAAAUUGUUCUGGGAGCACUCAAGGACACGAAAGUUGUAAGGAGGUAA